CACAAAGCUAACGUAAUACAGGAGGAGGUUAGCAUCAGGAGGGGCUGUAACACAAAGCUAACGUAAUACAGGAGGAGGUUAACAUCAGGAGGAGCUGUUACAUAAAGCUAGCAUAGUCCUUACUGAAAGUCAGUGGUGGUCAACUUUGAGAGAUAGUCUAUAUGUUAUUUUACUGUUCCUUUAAAGAUGGCCAAUUUGUCGCACGGACAACUGGUAAAGUACGCCAAAAUAUAAUUGUAUUCAACAUUCUGGCAUGUAGAGGUCGUGAGAGAACUUUCCUGAUUCAAACGUUAAUUUCGGCCUGACAGAAUUCAAUGCAAUUUAAUACGGCGUUUCCUGUCAAGCGGAGGUGGAGACGAAGGGGUGCUCGAGGUCGUGCACUGUUUGCGCGUGUCUGUUCUGUGUGUGGAUGCUAAAAUCUGAAGAAUUACCAGGGAAAUUAAAUUCACGUGUAGGGCCUACGUGUAAUUCAACCAUAACCAGAUGUAAAGAUGUGAGUGUGGUCUGAGGCAGCUGUGAUCCCAUGCUUCAGCCCCCCCACCCACCCCAGCACCACACUAGAAUGUACUUGAACUUGCCUCCAGUCGCGGCUUUGCACACAGAAUGGAGGUCAUCGUGCGGUGGUCUGCCCAGAGGCUUUAGCGGUCUGCCCCUGUGCUUCAAUGACUCUGACAGCGACUUGUCCACCACUGGAACACCCAUCUCAGAGAAGGUCCAGAUGAUCAUAGAGAGCCUAAGGAGCACCCAGUCCUCACUCAACAUGGGCGACGAGACAGAGGGGAACCAAGUGCUAUCAGGGCAACUGGUACAGGAGGCUGGAGCCCGGGGCUCCCAGGGCCAAGGCUUCAAGGUCCGGAGGGGGCCUCCUGUGGUUAUGGGACCCAAGCCCAAAUUCAGAGGCCCUCUUCCUCUCACUCACACUGAUAACUUGCCGGCACUGCCAGAAGUUUCCUAUAAUGUUGAUUCAGAGAGUUCUGACGGCGAUGACUCUGUAGAUAGAGGCAUCGAGGAGGCUAUUCAGGAGUACCUGAAGGAAAAGGAUGACCACAAACGCAAGGCUGAGCCAGAACCAGCCACUAAUAUUUUACAGCCACCGAAGAUUCCCCGGAGGGAGGCUGCUCCAACCUUUCCAGAACCUACUAAACAACAUUCCGACAGCAAUAAGAUUUUAACUGCCAGCAACCAGGUUCUGAGAAGUGUCCAAACAGAGACACACAACACAGCACUACCCAUGAAAAAAUGUUUGAAAAGUAAAAUACCCACCUGCAAAGAGAAUCCCUGGAAACUGGACACAAUAAGCAACACAGCGGUGGUAAAAAAACAAUCUUUGGAACAGAAGAGAGGCCCCUCUAAUUCCAACCCUCUCUCUGACAAACAGAAGAUUCCUGUACUGAAAGCAGUGAAGUUGGAGGAACACUUGUCUGACAGUGACAGCAGCAGCAGUAGUGAUGACGGCAUUGAGGAGGCUAUUCAACGUUACCAGCAGGAGAAGAAGAAAGAGAGACAUGAAGGAGGCCCUAAGUCCUCCAUACCCCUUCUCGUUUUCAAAGAGGAGUCAGACUCCAGCAGCAGUGAUGACGGAAUAGAGGAGGCCAUCCGCCACUACCAGCUGGAGAAGCAGAAAGAGAAGGGUGUACCGACGCUCUCUCUAUUUCUACCCAAACAAAAGCAAUUGGGUAAAGCAGCGGCUCCCCUGCACUGUUCAGAGAGCACAAGCACUCAGGCGUCAGCCAUGAAAAAACACAAACUGUCUAAAAAGAAGAAACCUGAGACUAGGGAUUUAAAAUCAUCUCUACCUUCUCAAACUCCUGGUUCCUCACUCUCUCUUAUCAAGAAGAGAUUAGCAGUUAGCAGCCCCAAAGGGAAUGGCCUCCUCUUGUCAACUAAAGUGGAGCCGCUGCGAGAGAGGGAGCAAGAGCAGCACACCACCCCAUGCCCAGCCACUCUGAAGGUGAACACCACCACCACAGCUGAGCUGAUGUGUGCUGAGGCUAUUCUGGACAUUUCUAAAGCUGUCAUUAAAAUGCCAGGGGCCUUUAACCCUAAUGUAGCAUCAGCAGGCCAUAUCAAUAUUAACAGUAGCUCCACGGAGUCCACUGCCACCACUUCUCUUUUCUCCACAAAUUGCCAUGAUGAUGAUGAUAAUAAUACAAGUGAUGAUGAGAGCUCCAUUGACAGUGAGGAUGGGAUCGAACAGGAAAUCCGGAAGUUUCUUGAGAACAAAGCCCAAAUGCACAAACUGCCAUCUGGACCCGGCUCAGAUGUUGGUACUACAAGUCCAGGUGGAACCAACACAAUAACAGAACCAGAGAAAAACACCAAACUGAGUCCGGCCCAGAAGAAAACACUGAGGCUAUCUGUGAAGCAGAAAAUAAAUCUCAAAGAGGAGUUGGCAGCAGGAGGGGUUCCAAGGAAGGAGAGAGUCAUCAAAAUGAAAGAAGAGGCAGUCCGAAAGCAUUUGACCAAGCAUGACCAAAGGUCAAGGUCAUCUGUUUCCAACCUGAAAAAAUCCCCACUGAAAUCAGUGAUGAGAGGGGAACCUAAGAGUGGAGACAAGAGUAGCUCACUGGACAGUGACGAGGACCUGGACACUGCAAUAAAAGACUUGCUUAAGACUAAGAAGAAGUUGAAAAAGAAGACUAGAGAUAUGAAGUUGAAGUCAAGGAAGGGCCUUGAGGAUGAGAAGCCGUUGUCUAGAAAAACAGAGUUAAAGAAGCUGGGUAUGGACCAUGUGCCCAAGACUACCAGCCUUUUGAAAACUAGCCUUAAAAUCACUACUACUACUGCCCAGAGUAGUAACAACAACAGAAAAAAAGGCACAUUUAGUACGAAUGUGUCACAGUAUCCACAGAGCAAUGAGAAGAAAGAGCCCCUCAACCAGACAGAUGAGAUGGACCGAUCUCAAGGGAACAGGGAUGUAGAAGGCCUGUCAAGAGAGACUAUCCCAGUUGUUCAGAUCAAGGAAGAGAGCAGUUCAGUGGACAGUGACGACAGCAUCGAACAGGAGAUCAGAAAGUUCCUGGCAGAAAAGGCCAAGGUUUCUACUACCACAGUGAAAACAGAUGACAGAGAGGAGAUUGUGAAUGGCAAAGGCAAAACAGCAGUCCCUCUCAAGGAGAAAUGCAUAAAAUUGGAAAAUCUGCUGGCUGAAAUUCCAAGGAUAGAUGUUGCUCAAUUCCCUGACCUGCCUCGUCAGAGCAGUUGUGAGCAGAGAGGAGUUCCGGAAAGAGGAAUCUUUCCAAACACACCCCCUAUCCAGCCAGUGCCAGGAAACCACACCCCAGAAACAGCCAGGGGGUCGUGCCUCCUUUCAACCCUCACCCCCAGCUCCUAUCCUCCAGCGCUGGAGCCUGCCAAUGGCGCUGUGUCUGGGGCUGCCAGAUCAGAGAAGAGGAAGAGCUCUAGUUCAGAUCCAGGAAGCGGUGAUACCCACCUGAGUGCCAACUCUGAGAUGGCAAGGGAGCACAGCUACAGGUCAUUUCCCAGCACCAGCUACCCCUUGUCCAGGACUGACUCGGAGCAGUGGCGUAAGAGCCAAGUGAUCCCCACCACUGAGACAAAAGAGAAGAUCCAUAACAGGAACCCAUUCCAGUACAGCUCACCUAGUUUUGGUGAGAAGAGAGCCACCACUCCAGCGUAUCAGUGUGUAGUACCAGCCAGUAUCUAUUCGCGUAGGAGGAAUAUUGAGCCUGCACCGGAUACACCUGUCUCUACCCGACCUGCUGCUGUACGGACUGGGAGCAGCAUCAGAUCACCACUGGUUCCAUUCCACCGCCCCUCAUCCUCAGAGACCAUAUCUACGUCGGCUGCCGUCUUCAGCUCCCCGUUCCCCAGCCUGACCAGGAGACCUACGGAGACAGGACCAUCAGGGAGGUACUUCCUUCAGGGUCAUGAGUCAGGCAGCCGCUGGAGUCAAACCCCAACCCUGACCCCGGGGCUGUCGGAGAGCAGCGUGGUACACGUGGCCAAGGACAAGACUAUGUUUGUUGAACUGUUCACGAACGAGACCAACCAUGUUCAGGUCAGAAGCAGGGAGGUGAAAGUGAGUGAGGGAAAGGAGGAAAGGAGGAGAGACUUGCCAGCAGGAGAGAGUGAGAGAGAAAGGGAGUGCAGGAAGACAGAGCAGAUAGGAAGACGAGGAGAGGAGUGUGUAGAUGAGACCGACGUCAGCGAGUCAGAUGAGAGGACGAGCCCAGAGCAGCAGGGCUUUCACACUUUGUCUCUGUCCAGCUCCAUUGACCCUGGUAUCACCCUCAGCCCUUACAUAGCAUUGAACACAGAGGAAAGGAGCAAGAGGUUCAGAUGGAUGUGUAAAGCUGUUGCUGUAAAUCAGCCAAAGAAGACCAAAUUUGAGAAACCUGUGAAGAGAAUGCUCCAAUUUCUACCUCUAUCCAGGAAAAAUAAAGCAACUGGGAAGUAAAGCAACAGAAGCACAGAUGUUUUUUUGUACAGGAAGAUCUUUCAAGAUUUCUUAUCAAACAUUUAAAUGCGUAUAUGCCAUUUAGCAAAUGCUUAUAUCCAAAGCGACUUAGUCAUGCGGAUGAAAACUGUUAUUGUUGGUGAAGAGGGUUUGUCUGUUGUAUGUGAAUUGUUUGAUUCUGAAUUAUGUUGGUUAUGUUGAAAUUGCACUUGUUAUUGUACAACAAUGUUUUAAUUAUUUUUGUUUGUUUAAUGUUUGUUUUUAUUUGGCUAUGGGUUCUCAAUAUUCAAAUUGACAGUUGUUGAGGAACGUUUUCCAUUUCAAUACAUUUUAUAGAUUGACUUCUACAUCACAUUCAUAUUAAUGUUAAAAUAUAAUUUAUUGAAGAAAAAAACAGUUCUGAAAAUCAACAUAUCCCAAAAAAUGUAGAUGUUACAGUAUUUGGCUAGAAUUUGACAAUAAAAUGUGGUAUUACAAUUCAAUAAAGUUUUUGAAUGAG